UCCUUCCUCCUCGAAAUCCACCAGUCUCCGUCCAAAACCCUCCCGCGAAUACACCUCCGGUACCCGACUCCAAAUCCGCGACGUCAAACGACGUCAAAAAAAAAAAAAAAAAAAAAAAACAAAGCGUAGGAUUUCGCAAAAAAUCCCUCCCUACUCAAAAACACAACAUUUUCAAAGUUAUCAAAACCAGUGAUUUUUCAUCGAGGAAGUACCCCCCGCCGAAAAUGGCCUAAACAGUGUCAAAUUCCGAUCUCGAUAUUCUUUUUUUUUUGUAUUUUUUUUUCCGAAAAAAAAAAUGGGGUGGUUGAAGAGUGUCCUAGUGUUGGUGUUGAUAGUUAGUGCGGCGGCGGCCGAAGACGCGACGACGGCGGACGACGACGUGGUUGACGUGGACGCGGCGCGGCGGUCCUUCGACACGCUGAAAUCCUCGACGUUGAACGACGACACGGGAGCCCUGGAGGCGGAAUCCUCGGUGGAGGACAGCAGCGAAUCCGAGGAGAACCGCUCCGCGGAGAUCGGCGGCGGAGGGAUGGAGGACGCCACCCCUCUGGCGGCCGUUCCCGAGCCCCCAGGGCCGAAGGUGAAGAAGUCCUUCAUCCAGAAGCUGGGUAAAACCAAGGCGGCCAAGAGCCCGCCGCCCCCGCCGGUCAUCGUCGAGGAAGAGGCCAGCGUGGCCGCCUCGGAGACCCUCAACGGGACGGUUACGGCCACGGGGCUCCAGUGGCUCAUGAACCUCUACAACCCGUUCCUGUGGAACGACGCCCUUUUCGCCCAGCGCGGCGUGUCCGGCGAGUGUCGCCGGGACCUCAAGACCUACCUCGCCGCGCUCUGGGAGGGCUCAGUUUGGGCUGCAAAAAUGACUGAUGCGAGCGGUCGUUACAAUUCGCAAUUUUUCUUCGGCAACGAUUUUUGGUUGGGAUCUCACAGUCUCUGCAAUGAACUGCAAAAUACUCGCACCAACAAGAUUGUGCCUCCAUUCAAGGCAGAAUUUCAUGUUGCAAAACUUCUUGUCAAAAUGCCGGACCAACUUACUCCUGCUGUCCGGCUGAUCUCCCUUGGAGUGUGUCUGCCGCAAACAUGCACGCCAAGCGAUAUCAAGACCCUCGUGGAGCCGCGAGACACCGGGAAGAAAUCCCCGCAUUCCAUAAAGAUCCUCAACGUGAGGCCGGUCCCUGGACCUUACAGGAUAUUAGACGAUCCCACCUUCCAACUUAUGGCUUUUGUUAUGAUCGUGUUGAUUGCUCUCAUGGUUGUCGGUUCCAUCUACGAGACGGUUUUAGAGCGAAGAAUGGCUUCCAUCCGAAGAGAAAAACUUGCCGUCAGAAGCAACAACAACGUUGACUACGAGCUGAAAACACCACCCAUGGGAAAGAUGGGCAUGAAUGACGACACUGCUUGUCUAAAGAUGUCCGGCUCCGACCUAUCUUCCUGCAGUAAACCAUCGACGAGCUUUUUGGGAGAGGUGAUUCUAUCUUUCUCCGUCAUCACAAACGGGAGGAAGAUUUUGAAUGCUGGCCCUCCUCCACCUGAUUCCUUGAAUUGUGUCCACGGCUUGCGGUUCCUCAGUUUGGCUUGGGUCAUCAUGGUUCACACUUACCUCCAAGUUUUUGCAAUUGCAGAAAACAAGACCUUACGAACAGUGACAGAAAGAAACUUCAUGUUCCAGACAAUCAGUAAUGCGACCUUUUCUGUGGACACCUUUUUCUUCAUCAGCGGUUUGUUAGUGACUUAUCUCUACUUCAAAGCCUCUAACAAAGAAUCGGACACCUCCAACAGACGUCCUUCUCAAGACGGAUUCAAAGCGGGUACAAGUAAAUUCUUUACCUUGCUAAGCUACCGAUACGUCAGAUUGACGCCUGCGUACAUGUUCGUGUUAGGCAUGGCGGAACUUUCUAUGCGAUGGUUGAAAAACAAAUCAGUAUUUGAGCCACUCAGAAGGGAUGAAGUCAACUGCGAUCUUUACUGGUGGAGGAAUGCCUUGUACAUCAACAGCUUGUAUCCAAUGAAAGACAUGUGCAUGCUGUGGAGUUGGUACAUGGCAAACGAUACUCAAUUUUACAUUUUAGGGAUUAUAAUUCUUCUUUUAUCGGCGAGAUAUGGAAAGUUCUCGGCGAUUUCCAUAGCAUUCUUCCUGUUGCUCUCAUGGUUCGUGACAAUCCUGAUUUCGAUCAACGUCCAGUACAUUGCUAAAAUCGAAGACCCAUUUGGUAACUUUGACGAACUUUAUGAUAAGCCAUGGACUCGUUUGGGACCAUAUCUGGUUGGUAUGUUCGCUGGAUGGUAUUUGUUCAGGACGAAAUGCAAAGUGCGAAUGAACUGCACAACUAUUUUCCUCGGGUGGGUCCUCUCGUUGCUGACUUUGGCCUCAUUGGUCUACGGCCUCCACAUAUUCCAUCUGGGGGUCACCGGCUCUGCUUUCUAUGUCUCUGUCGGGCAUUCUGCAUGGGGUGCAGCCCUCGCCUGGAUCGUCAUUGCUUGCUGCACCGGCAAUGGAGGUUGUGUGAACUCUCUUCUGUCAUUCCGACUACUGCAACCUCUGAGCAGGUUAACUUACUGCGCAUACCUAGUUCACCCUGUGAUCAUGGUCCUCACCAGUUUCCAGAUGGACGGUCCCCUUCACUUACACAACGGACUCGUUCUGAUCCUGUACUUCGGCAACGUUGUAGCAUCAUUUUUGCUGUCUUUCUUCAUCUCCCUGACUCUGGAGGCUCCUGUCGUAAGGCUUCUGAAAGUUGCUCUGUCACCACCACAGACAAAAAGCUCAAGUAAGAUGUAAGGUGGCUCAACUCAAAACGGCGGAGAAUGGACUCACGAGAUCUUAUUUCAAGAAAGGGCAACAUGGAUUUCUUCCAAGGCCAGCAGGAUAUAUUCAUGCCUCCUUUUUAUUUUAAAUCUACGAACUUGAGUUAGCUCAGUAGGAGGAAGCUUUUAAAGUUUUUACAUAACCUACUUUCUUUAAUUCAAUAUAAUUUCAUCACCUCUGAAUGGUGAAAAUGCACGAUUCCCUAGACUUAAGUGCGCAGAACACCUACUAGAAAAACUAAUCGAGGAUAUUUUCAUGAGUAUCAUGAGUAUCAUGAGUAAAUCCACUCAAUAGUUGCAAAAAUUGUUUAGCUUUCGUAAGAUAUUAAUGAUGAUGUUUAUGGCAAAAGCUAUUUAGAUUUUGCAAGUUUGUGUUCACUUUCCGGAGGAUAGGACACAGAAUAACAAAGGUGUAAUGCCUACUAUUUUCAAAAAUUUUACUGCUGUAACACACAUGAGAAAAACUGAAUAAUUGAGUGUGAACCCAGCACUAAUUUCCCCAUCUUCUUACAUACAUUUCAGGCGACAUUUUUCGUUUUUUUUUUCCUUGUUCGGAAUACUGAAACGAUCCAAAAUUUCACUUUCCCCUCUCCUACCCCCCCCCCCCCAAACAAAAAAAUUCUAGCAACAGUCACCAAAAUGCAUUUGGUGGCCUUGCAUUUCCGAGCUUGCCUUGAAUUUUCUGUGUAAUUUGCCAAGAAUGAAAUCGCAUGGUCUUCUCCGGUAUCGUAGGAAAGCAUACCCGGAUCUUGAAGUUGAAGAAGGCGUCCUUUUGAUAAAUGGAACGUUCUUGUGGUAAGAAGUGCUAUGUGCACAUGAAUUAUAUUAAAGGAACUAUGAAAUGCACACAUUUUAUGGACAUACGAGGUUCUUUUUGAAAAAGAACCACGAUUGAACCUUUUAUGGAAAAAUUGUACCCAGUUCCUUUUUGCAUUAAAACGUCCAUUUUUCACAAUUGUACAGAUGCAUACGGUAAAACCCUUGUCUUUGACCCUUCCCAUUCCUUUUUUAUGAUUACACGAGUUUGAUCGUCAACACAACACCAAAUCAACUUUACGGAGCGUUAAGUUUUAAUUCGCGUAUGCUUUAAAACAAAUAAAAAAAAAA